GCUUGCUCCGAGCAUCAAGGGAGGCAUACUUGUCCUUUGAUUGACAACUCUCUAGCCUUUGAACCUCGACUUGAAUCAGAGACUGGAAAUACUGGAUUUUGUCCUGUUGGUGGGGGGGCAUAAAAUGGAAACCCUUGGAACAGGACCAGAAAACAAAAAAAAAGAAACGCAACCAACAUGAAAAUCAGGGCUUAAAACCCAACCAGCACCAUAACAAAAUAGGUUGGAGGCAAUUACCAGUGUAAUGGCUCUACCAUCAUAAUACAGGAACAUGCCUUUAACCUUCUCAGUUAUGUUGGAAGAAAAAUAUGUAGUCAGCUCACACAUAUUCUAUGGUCUGUAGUCUUUUUGGCCUAUGCUUUUCAGUGGUGUUUUUUUUCUCAAGUCUUCUUGAUUUUCCUGAAUGUUCCUAUACAGUUGGACUUCCAAGAUGCUAAGAUUUGACAUUGGCCCUGGAGGAGGGGGGGAGUGCAGGGUACUCCCUUCAAUUUUAGAGGGUGUUUCCCCAUGAACCUGUUCCAGACAAACAGAGAUGAAUUUAAGGCCCUGUUCCAGACGAUAAAUGUAAAAAUAGGAAUCCUGUUUCAGACAUUUAUGAGCAAAAAACACUGUACACAUUAUUACAGUGGCCCCAAUAUAACAGACCUCUAUGUGCAAAGUCCUUGGUAUAACUAACAACAUUCUUUGCCUUGGUAAUAGCAAAAGCAAUGAAAAAGAACCUCAAUACACUGAAACCUCAUUAUAGCGAACACAUUGUCAGACUUUUGGUCCUUCGUUAUAUAGAGGUCACACUGUGUCAUGAAUAUUUUAUUUGGUAGUAAAGAAACGACAAAGAGGGCAUAGUUUCGCACCUUAACCUGAUCGAGAAUAAUAAGGGAUUAUGGGGAAAAUUGACCCUGUCCCAGAGUCAAACUGAAGUAAAAUAUACCUCUCCUCCAGAGAGUCAGAGUCAGAGAGGCAAAGAGUAGAUCGUUGUACAUGUCCGGGAAACUGCCCACCUACCCCUCCCCUAAGCCAAUAUUUUUGCCCUAAGUGAAAAGUAGGUGUUAACGGUGGCUAAGGGGAAGGGAAGGUGGAGAGUUUCCCAGAGACGUAUAAUGAUCCCAAAGAGCAUACCCUGUCGAGAGGAUUCCCAAAAAAACAAAAAAUCUACCCCCCUCCCCCCUCUUCCACGUAUGGCCACCAAGAAGUCCCAACUAAAGCUAACCUAACUAACUUUGGUCUUUUGCAUAGGCAUUCAAUUACAAGAGGGGUUCCCUGAUCGUGUUGUUUUACAAGAAAGUUCAAACGAAUUAAAGGAGAAAAAGAAAAAAGGUCAAAGGCCUGGUCGUAAACCCUGAGGUAAAUUUUCCCUCUUAACAUGCCUUGAUGAUAUAAAAUUUGUAUUCUGUUAGGAUAUAGGCGAUUUGACUGAAAAUUUGCGCGAAACCACCGUCAAAAACUGAAAAAAGGCCACUUCCGGUUGACGUGCGUCGCUCAAAAACGUUGUUGCUUAAGCUCCCUAAUGUCAGUAUUGCUACUCCCUCAUGGAUAAAUGCUACAGUUGAACCUCUUUACAACGGCCACCUUGGGGACAGAAGAAAGUGGCCAUUGUAGUGAGGUUGAAACAAGAGUCAAUGUAUGGAUUUUUUGUCCGCCGGGACGAUGAAAAGUGGCCGUUGUAGAGAGGUGUCCAUAGUGGAGGUUCGGCUGUAGUCCAUUACAGGGUUAAUAUCUCUAGCUGAGUAUGUCGCCAGUAUUUGUUAUGUAUGUAUAAAGAAAUUUUUUUAUUGAUAUAAAUGGGAAAUGGCACAUGCACAUGAAAGUCACCAUUCGUGUCUUUUAAACUCUCCUAAUUUCCUGUAAGUUAAGAAAUGUUUUGCAUGGUCAUUAAUCCGCAUCAAAUGUGAGGUGAAUCUGUGUUAUAAGCUUUUAAACGUGAGAAAAACAUUCAUUCAAGUAACCUGACGGACCAGAAUGAGGUAAUGAACAAAUUCCAGAAUUACCACAAAGGGAAAAUCCAUUAAAAGGGAAACCCUUAUAAAACAGAUAAGGAUUAAAACUCCUUCACGUAAAACAUGAUGUGAAACAAUUAAUUAGUCCACCUGUGGCCCAAGGUCAAAAGACAGCAUAAACCAAAAUUCGGAAAAUGAUAAGAUGACUUAAACCACAAGUCACCCUUAGUUGAGAACUUGAUAGAGUUAAAUGGGAACAAAAAAAAUUCAGGAUUAUUUCCCAAAACGACAACUUCCAGUGUAGGAAACAGACUGCCCAGUUGAUCAAUCACAUGCUCGGUAUUUAGACAAUAACCCUUAAAAAGGCGAGUUAAUCAGUUUUCAAGGUUAAUUACAUGAGAGAGACUCGGCCCGCGACAUUGACUUGUACGUUUUCUGUUCAGUACAAGGUCCUAUAAAAACAACCAAUCUCAUUUUCUAAAAUCUUUUUUCCUAUUUCCUACUUUUGGCUCCCCUUUUUUUCAGAAACAGAUCUAUAAAGUUAGCAAAUACAAUAAUUGAACGCUUGCCAAGAGAUCGUUCAAGAACAAUCGGCUUCGACAAUAUCACCUUAUCACAGCAACCUUUCUGAAAUAAACUUUUAUCGGAAGAGAAAGGAUUAAAUAAACCGCGAUCAGCGAUCACGCACGACGCUUACCGAGGAAAAAAGUAAGCAAUCACGCACUAAAACACAAGUCUCACACGAGAUUUUACCGUACAUAAUGCAUAUGAAAACUUUCAUGUGCAGCAAUUCCGGCGGUAAUGAUCAUGACACGCCGGAGUACAAUUUACAAAAGAAAUACUUACCUAGGCUGACAAGAAGAAGCAAAAAGAUGGUAUUGCAAAGAUAUAAAUUCUUUAAGCUCUGCAUGACGAAUCUUUUAAGCGUUUAUACCUGUAAAGAACAAGGAACGAGAUCAGGGUUACUCUUUGAACUCAGUCAGCGCUUUAGCGAAUCGGUAGGGAUCGUACAAAUGCUAACCCAAUUAAUGCAAACCUUUUUUCUGGAAAAAAGGGAAAGCGAAAGUUAAGGUAACUAACACCAUUUAAUUACAUAACAAGGGAAAAUGUUUCAGUUAUUAACUAAGCGAUCGAAUCAAAUAUGAACUUCGUGAAAAGCAUGUUGUAGUUUUUCUGUCUAAAAAUAUUAAAUUGAAACCGAAAACCAAACUACCUCUUAACCUGUAAAGGUCGUCCGUUUGAGUAAAAAAAAAAAGGAAAACCAUGCAAAUGUAAAUGAAAACUAAAUGAAAUAUUACGUGAAACAACCAAUAUACCCUUAUAAUACAGCUAACAUUUGAAAAAACAAAUGCCUUUAAUUCAAACUAUUAAAAGCUAUUUACUUGAUUAAUACUUCAUAAGUUUCUUUGCGUAUUAAAAGAACUCAUACUACAACAUCGAACAACGUCACAACAAGUCGUAUAAUUAUAACUGAGUUAGUCAAGUCUAAUUGGGAUAUGUAUUGUGGUCAAAAAGCGGCUACGUUUAUCAAUCAAUAUCAAUAAAAAGUUGGAGGAUCGGAAAGGUAUUAAACGCUCUUGAUGGAACUCGCCCCAAGACAGACUUCGCUGAGGCACGGAAUGGCCAAAAUAUCAAUAAAGUAAAAACAGAGAUUAGUGCAUUAGACAAAGAGGCAUGUGAUAAUUUACACAGCAGUUCUUCAUAUUUCAAAGAACAAACAUUAACGAUACAUACAAACUAGAUAUACAACACAUGUGAAGAAGGGUCGCGAUCGCCAUCGAUAGGUUGCGCAUUGUUUUUUAAAACAUUACAAUGAACAACAUUAAAUGUCGAAAGAUGUGUUACGGUUGACCAGACAUACAAGACAAAACAUUCGACAAGUAGCGCGCGAGAUUUUAGUCUGUUAACUAUAACAUAUUUCUACUUUUGACCCCUUAAAGUCAAAAUAUUUUGAGUUACCUGCGAAGGUACUCUUAAAGACUUCUAGUGCGACCCUAUUGGAACACACUACAUAGAGUUUAUGAUCACAGAUUCCAACGCAUCUUGUUGAUAUACCAAGACGGAUACGAUCGACCGACAUGUUCCGUAAACUUUUAUCGGCAUUUUAGAGGUUUGCCUGUGGCCUUUUCGGUUAUUUUAUCGCUCGACGUCGAGGAUAGUCGAGUCGCCGAACCAUUCUGUUUUCGUAGUCGUAUUUUGCAAAGCAAUAUUCAACACGUCGUUUAGAGUGAUCGUCUUCACGGCGCCCGCGCUGUUGACGAAACGCGAACUGAUAAGAUGGCACCAAAUUAAAAAAAGCUUCCUCUCGAAUAACCACUAACACACUGAUGAACAAAGUUACCUGGAAAGAGGCCUCCAAGAGACCCAAAUUCAACGACAUUCACGUAUCAGAGCUCCCAGGGCGAUUUUCCCAGUCGACAUCCAUUUCGAACCACAAGCAGCUGUCUUCGAACCGAAGCUUGGUGCUCUUUGACGUAAUUGAAUGAUAAUGCUUUGAUUACCUUUGAUUGACAGAACCGGAUUGCUAUAAGAGCUGGGUGUGUGACAAAUGGCAAACUUAUCAGAAAAUCACGUCAAUUUUUUAAAACCCAUUUCCAGUUUUUUUUUUCGUGAAUCGUGGCUUGUCAAAAAACACAGUAGUCAAAACUGCCCAUUCUCCAAGCUGGCAAGCAGAAGAGGUUACAAUUUGUGUAGUUUACUGUUGGUACACGAUUUUCACAAUCACUCCUUUAUUUUCAAACGCGAAAAUAUUGUCACUGUUUUUCAUCCAGAAAAAUGCGGAUUACUUGGGAAUUUUUUUUUAUCUUUAGGAAAGAUAGGUACCCAGAUGUUGGUCCCUGCCCGGCCCUCGGCCCUAACAAGUUUGCUAGUGAUAGCGCACUUGAAACAUAACCCUAGUUUCCUUUCCUAAAGGUUACACGCUCUGAUUAGCGGGAAUCUUUACUUGUAACGUGUUCACAGUUUAGCUGAUAGGGGGUGUAAGUUGUUCUUUUCAUUAUGUGUUCUUUGCAUCUGAGUGCAAACGUUCUGUUUAAUUAAGUUAUAGAAAAAAUUGUCAAGUUCAUCUCUAAUCGGUGCCUAAUUGCUCAUGCCGUGGUUUGACUCCAUCGAUAUUUUUAAAGCAUGUAAGUUGACUCUAAGAUUUUGAUAAAGAAGAUUCCACGUCGCUCAGGAUUUCCUAGCUUGGUUAUCAGAACUUGGCGGCUCAUUUCACGGUCCAUCUCGCUAGUAGGGAGUUUCCUUUGUAUCGAGCCAAUCUUUCUGCCUUAAUCGGGCCGCGAAAAAAUCUCAGUAAUUGAGCGCCACUCACUGUGUAUGACGAACUCGAACUUUAAAACUCGCUGUGAUCACAGAUGUGCUUCGUCAUUGAUUCGGAAGGCGAUUGAAUUUCUUAGGGCUCCAUAAGGUCCGGCUAUCUGACUGAGCCGCAUGGAGUUGGUGUAGUUCAAUCCGGCCUCAUUAAUAAAUAUCUCUUGUAGCCAGGAUUGAGCUAAGGGGGCAUGAAUUCUAACUUGCGGCAGAUGUAAAGGUUAAGCUGGGACAAAACUAACUGACCUGAGAAAAACAAUAACAGACAAAAGAAAAUAUACUCACAGAAAAGAGCUCAGAAGUAUAAGCAAGCGAACUUUCUGGUGCCUUCGGGUUUUACACUUAUUAUUGGCGAGAGAGCCAUUAAAUAACAAAAAGAUAAAGGGAAAAUCAAUCAAUCUUAAGUCUUUUGUGUUCUCUAAGUAUUCUAAUCAUAACAGGCGAUAUACACACAAACAGUGCUGACAACGGCAGCGUGGAAUUUAUUUCCACGAGGAUAAAGUGAACAAUAGAAUUAACUCUCAAAGAAAUUUUAACGGGCAAAAUCCUUGAAUUAGCACAUCCUAGGUAAACAGUUCUUUAAAACGAGAGAAAAAAAAAAGAGAGAAUAAACAGUUCUGUAAAACGAGAGAAAAAAAAGAGAGAAAGAAGGUUUGUUUUGAUACAGACAGGCUUGCCACAAGAUUUUUCAAAGUAGAAAUCUGCAGACUAUGAUGGACAGACCUUGGGCAAGCUAGCAAUGAUAUCGUAAACUGACCAAACGAUUCCUUGAACUAUUUAGAUCAGCAGAUAAACAGUCCCCCUAAUCGUUCCCAAAAUGGGAGAGGAAAACAACACAGACUUGACGCAUAAGGACGGUAUCUCUUGGGCGGCGAAAUACGUUCGAACUGCAUGACCCAGCAGCAGGUCACAGCCAGAGAUAACUUUAAUAAACGUUUAUAGGUGUUCCUUAUCGGCUCACUCGUCCAAGCGAAGUACCGUUGAUAACACAUCUACCUUUGAAAAGGUGUAAAGGUUGGGUUUCACAACUGCUUGUAAUAGUAAGCGACGAUGAGAGAAAGCUUUGGCAAGGUCAUUUGUGCCAAAGCGAAACAGAAGAUAGAUGUACGUGAUUGCAAGCAGAAAGUGUUGAUGAAAGAUAAGUUUAAGUGGUGCAGAAGGUAAUUAGGUGUAAAGUUGACUAAAGUCAGUUAAAAAUUUUUCGUAACAAAUAGCCUGCCAAAUUCAACAGUUUUGGAUGGUGAAGGAUAUUUGCCAUGCGCAGAAACCAAAGAUGGUUCAAUCUAUAUGAAUCAAUGAACUUUUUUGUUCCCAAGUCAGUCUAAUCUUUCAAAAGUUCAAAAGAAAAAGUUUGUUUCUAAUUUCACAGCAAUAUUCCGUGUAGUAUAUUGUAUAUGUGCGGUCAAAUCUCGCCCUGUGAACAACUCGAUAUAACCGAAAAACGGGUUUCUAGCACCAUUUUGAACAGUUUAGACACGACCAAAAAAAAAACUUUCCUUACCAUUUGUGACCGUAGUGAUGCGCAACAGAUAUAGCAGUGAGCGAGACGUUUAAUCGAAAGAUCCUGACGUUUACUGGACCCUUUAGACAAAGUCAAAUCAAAGUCAAACGCGACGGAUCAUAUAGUUAAUAACGACUUUGUAACUCGAGAGUAAUUUAGCCAGGUCAGCAAUAGCGCGCUGCUUGGGUUUCUGGCAUCGUUGUAUUUUGUCAGCAAUAUUGCCGAGUUCUUCGCACAAGUUGUCAGCUCGCGUUGAUUAUACGUCUAUGUCCGUCCAUCAGGAGGGUGAAAUGUAGCUUAAUGUGUAGUGCCGUGUGUCUUAUUCAAGCUGGUCAAAUUUGCCUUUUCGCGUGAUUUCAGCGCCCCUUAACAGACAAGACAGCUGCUGUAUAAAAAGGAAGAAAAGUCAAGUGGAAUUUUGAAAAAAAGAAAUAUAAAAGAGUCCGAGAAGGCUAAGCUUGGAUCAAAAUGUUUAGCAUGUGAAGAGCUCAGUGCCCUCAUAUUUAAAUCAGGCACUCGAGAAUCUCGGAAUUUUUUCAUGCCAAAAGCGAACAGCCUGCGCAAAGUGUUUCACUGUCCUCUUAAAACAGCUGGCUCGCGUAAAGGUUUCCAUAGAAUGGGUCACGUUAACAUGAGAAAGACAUAUUCCUUAAAUCAACGCUGCCAGGACUGGAAGUAGUCGUUAAUUUUAAUCGUGCAACUGUGGUCAUCCCUUGUAAAGGGAAAUGCUUAUCAAGGUCAUAUCUACUGUUAAUCUACGAAGGUUAUAUUAUGCAUUCCUCAUCGGUAACUCUUAAGCCAAUCUCGAUUCUAUCUUUGUCAGUUUAGGUUGCGAAAUUCGCGUGAUCCGCCGAACUCUUUACUUUUCGCGCUCUCUCUAAAGUCAUUUAAGUCUAAGUCCUAGAGUGCUGAAUAGGCUGACCAGUCUUUAUACCACUAGUAGUGACUAUCCGAUCAGAAGUGUCCAUUUUAAUAAUACAGGUUUCAAAUUUACGAUAGAAACGGCUCUUUCAAUCAAUAUAAUCUAGAGAGGACACUGGAGAACGGCAAGAACCAGCUUUAGGUGUCCGUUUUAGGAAGGUGACUGCCUCAUAAAGAGUCAAAAAAGAUGAUUGAAGAACGGCAGGGACCAACUAUAGGUGUCCGGUUUAGGAAAGUGUCCGCCUCAUUAUAAGAAGACAAAGAAAAUGACUGAAGAACGGGAGCAACCAACUUAAAGGUAUCCUUUUUAGGAAAGUGAACGCCUUAUGCUGGGUAAAUAAAAUGACUGAAGAACGACAGGGAUCAACUCGAGGUGUCCUUUUUAGGGAGGUGUCCGUCUUAUAGAGACACAAAUAAAAUGUCUAAAGAACGGCAGGGUCCGACUCUAGGUGUCCGGUUUCAGUAGGUAGGUGUCGGCCGGCUGCCUCAUAGAGAAUCCAUGAACUUAAGGUGUCCGUUUUAGGGAGAUGUCCUUCUGAAACUCCAGGUGCACGCUUUAGAAAGCGGUGCAUCUUAAAAUAACAGUUGCCCGUUAUUUUUUUAUGUUUUAUUUUUAGAGUUACCCGUUAGAAAGGAGGUGCCUUUGGAUUAACGGAACUGGCGAAAGUGAAUCCAGAAACUCGGAGAAAGAAGGCUUACCAAUAGUGACACGAGAGCGGGUGUUUGGCCAUUAUUGUAGCUCAUCAGAACGGCGUAACAAACAUAGAAGCUCCGCUGAGGAAAUACCCGCACAGAUCAUGGCUCAGUGUUUGUUACACUUUUCGAACUGUGUCGCCCCUGGUCAAUCGGCCCCUGCCCAUGUAAGGUAAUAUGGAAUCCGGGAAUAUUUUUGCCUGGCUUUGGAAUCCAGAAUUCAUGAUCGGCUCAAGGAAUCUGGAAUCUUGCUAUCGAUUGGAAUCCGGAAUCCAGUACAUUGAGUCCGAAAUCCGUAGCGUGGAAUCCAGAAUUUAAGACUGUCUUUGAUUACCUUACUCAGGACGAAACUGUAGAAUGACAAGGAAAGCUUAACUCUGAUUAUUUAUAAGUUGGAUAGUCAAAAACAGCUCUGUUUGUUAGAUUAAUCGCUUUACUAUCCAACCGGUUGCAUUAAAGAGGUAUAAUUGUGAACUUCUGAGGUGGCUUGAAAACUCCAAAAAGUGGUCGUUAAACCCAAUAACGGGGUUGUUGGAUUAACGAGGUCACAGAGUAAGGAAAUGAAAGGACUCAGGCCAGAAUAAAUUACUGGUGUUUGAAAGCACAAUAUUAACCAGUUGGUGGGAGUAACCCUUAAAAUCCCGGAGGAGGACCAACAUAAAUUUUCUCCUAAGAGUAUCAUAUAAAAUCAGUAUUAAAUGUCAUGAGAAUUAAUAAAAAAAGUCGUAAAAGGAAAAUGCCUUGAUCUUUUUUACAAAUUCUCUUACUUAAUUUUGAAGGCAAAUGUAUGGAGAUUAGCCUGGAGAUUUUUUUAAUGGAUAUUGAGUCUUAAAGGGUUAAUGAAGUGGUUAUAUGGUAGAGGUCUAUGAAGAUUUGUUGGUAGUAGGACAUGGUUCAUUUGCACCGCAUGUGUGACAAAAUAAACCUAAGUCAAGACUAUAACCCCUCGAUAAUUUGUUACAGGCGUUUUGGGGAACUCUUCUUUUAAGAUUUUCAUUAUUUCUUGCCAGGAGGAGAGUUACUAUGCACUUGAGUUUAGAACCCCGGCUACCAGAAGUUUUUUGUUCGCUUUAAAGCUUUUCAGGUUGACGAGGCAAAGAGGAGUGAGAAUUUCCGGGUGUGGCACUCUGUCCAAUAAUAAGCUCCCGCGAAAAUAACCCCGUCUCACUUAAAAUGCAACCUUUAAAAUCCUUUGAACUGUUUGAAUUUAAUCUAAGGGUUCAGGAAGCUAAAAAUAACACGGAUUUUUUUCUCUGCUUAGAUCCUGUUUUGCGGAGAUGCAAAGCCAACAGUUUAUGAAUGAUAUUUAUGUCAGUUUUAGGGUUAGUUUUACAUCUCUUAAAUUCUUCUUGGGUUUAACGCAUUUUGCGCACGAUGAGGACACUAAAAAAUACCCAGAGUGAUCGUUUUCCUUCUUAAGUCCAAAGAGCAUUUCAUAAAGAUUUGAUCAACAAAACUAAUCAUUCAGGAGAUGCUUUGGAAGAUGGUUAUAAUACACGAUAUUUUGAAACAAUAAGAUAAAUGUAACAAAAUAAAUUUGAGAUCGCACGACCCCCUAAAAUGUUAAAAUAAAUAUUCAAGUGAAUGAUGUCAAAAAUAACAUUUUUGUCUUUUGUAUGAAUAGCUCUUGCAAGGGGAGCGUUACACUUGUAGAUUUUUUUUGUAUUUCUGCCUUUGAUGUUGCGUUUCGAUUAGUUCAGUGGUUUGAGGCCUGAGUGGAUAAAGGUUUUAUAUAAUCUCCAUUUCCUGACGUAUAUUAGUAACGACUCGUCGAAGCUCAGAGGCUUGCAUUUGUAGGGAACGUUGAACACUUAACAAUCCCUAAUUAGUGAUUUCAGAGUUGCACUGAUAUGUUAAGGUAUUUUAAUACCCCUUUAAGCAGGCUACAAUCUUGGACAAAACGGAAAACUAACACUGCCUCGCCACCCCUCAAAUGCAGAUGGGAAAAUGGCAGGUUUUGCGUGUAGUGGUCUUCGGGCGCUUUCAUCCUUCAUAUCAAUGCCGAGAGAAUCGAAUUCCUUUGUCUAACAUUGUAAUGGCAACAAGAAGGCUAUCCUUUGACUUACAAAAACAGGGUAAAGCUGGGGAAAAUGGCAAACAUACCUCCAAAAAUCCAGGUAACGUGCUUGGAAGCCAAAUCGGGGGUAGAUUUCAGUCAAACAAAUAAAGCCUUCCAAUAAUCAGUGAUAAACAAUGAUAACAGGUUUUAAAUGUUUUGCGGAAAUGAUGGAAUGUCCAUUUUUUUCAAGGCUUUCUACAGAACAUGCAAAAUGGCACUCGCUGUAACUAUUUCCCUUCUGAUCCUUCUGGGGCAGAACUGUGCUUGUGUGAGAAAUGAGGUUUAAUUUGGACAAUUAUCAGAGGCACAUUCCUUUUCAAACGUUUCCUGGCAAUUAUCAUUUUGCUUUGUUGUUUCCUGAUAACGGAUAAACACUGUAUCUGCCCACUUCCUGUUGUUUCAUCGACGUGGGAGUUCGAUCUCUUUCAGUUUCUGGUCCUUGAGGUAAGUCAUAUUUCAUAUCAAGUAAGAAAUGAGUUUGUUUUUACAUCAUACAUAUUGAUGUUUUUUAGAAUCAAGUUGGAAUUAGGAAGUAUAAUUUUUAAACGAUGUAUCAUGGGCAUGGAGCGCAUACCCGGGGCCGGAGAUUUGAGUGAGAUAUUAGAGAGGUUAAACAUCACCACGUGACUAAGUUUCCUCUUUGCUUGUCAUUUACUGUUCAUUAUUUCUACACCUAAGUUGGUAGUUUCACGCAAUUUUUUAUCCAUAAGAAUUGUUUUGAGCUGUUUUUACCAGCUCAUUUUCUAUUUCGAGAAAUUCUCAACUUGAAUCUGACGUUUGCCGUAUGCGUGAAGCUUUUAAUUUUAUGGUCUCAGUGAGACUCCCGGAUGAGGGCAAUGAUGCUUGUCGUCUCAGUCGCUAGGGGGGGUAAGUUGGUCUCACUUAAGGUUUUCAGAGCGGAAAUUGAAGCUGAUAUAUAUAUUUUUUUACCGAUUAGGGCUACUGAUUAGGGAAAUGUGCUAAGAAAUACGUACAAAGAAAACCAAAUGCCGUCAUACUGUGUUAAAGACAAAAUUUCAUUUCAACAUCUCUCGCUCAAUUUAGAUCACUCAAGAUCCAGCAAAGCUCUUGUUUUGCCCAGAUUGGUUUCCCAUUAAUUUUCCGACAAGCCUCUCUGUCCCUGCCUCACGGAAGUCAACGUCCGCCCGGGAUAUUGUUACAGGUUACCGUAUUUCCUCUAGCCUGUGCCACCCUCUCAGAUAGUAUUACUGAACGACUUCCCACCACCAUCUCGGAGCCUGGAAUAGGCUAUAUUUCCUCAAUAAAACGCUCCCGGCAUUUGUUUGAAUCUGCAUGCAGUAUAUGUGGGAUCGUUAUGUUUAUAAGGAAGGAUUAGCGUUUAUUUGGGGUACGCCGCAGGAGCCGAUUACCUGAGGCACGGGCUUUAAAUAAUGGAGAAAAUACGAUAUAUCCUUUUUAGUACCGGGGUGUCGGGCGGAGUCUUGAGUUCCUGAAAUAUGCUACAGUUCCGCCAGGGGGAGGGGGUACACGAUAUAUCCUUGGGUGGGGAGGUGGGGCCCGGCCCCUCAUACCCUGACGCUGUUUGAGACAAAAAUCGCUGAUUUUCCUACCCUGUUUAAGACAGAAUUCCGAUAUUUGAUACCCUGUUUAAGACAUUUAACCCGAAAACAUACCCUGUGUAAGGCAAUAAUAAAUAUCGAAACUCUUUCUCAUUUAAUCCAUUGGCAAUCACAAAACUAUUUACAGCUUGAUCAACAGAGUCACGCAGGCUGUUUAUCGUCCAAGAAGAGAUACCCUGUUUAAGACGAAAAAUGAUAAAAUCGCUAUCCUGAUAAGACAAAAAAUGAUAAAAUCGAUACCCAAAAACAUACACUGGGUGGCUGCACGUCCCCAUUAAGCCCUUAUAAGGGAGUACCCCCCCGGUACAGUUCUAAAUUUGGUCAAUGGCUCUUGCCCUGGGAAAGUGGGGGCGAAGUUUUGCUGGGUAUGUGCCGCUGGCCUCUUAGAACCCCUACCCCAUUAUAGUCUAUUCUGUGGCAAAUAUAGACCAAAUCUUAGUAACUUUGGGAAAAUACAUUUUUCGCGAUCACAACUUUCCGUUUAUACAUCUGCUUUAAAAGGCCCUUAAACUAGGUCAUCCUAAAAUGAAUUGACACAUUAAACUUAGUGAAGUAAAAAUCUUCCCAUUUUUAAAUCCCUACCAACCAGAAUUUUCUGAUCCCCCAACGCCCGAAAAUUUGCGAUCCCACUGUAGUAACUCUAAUGAAAAUGCAACCGCAUUACAGUCAAUCCAGCCGUGAAAAUGAGGUGCGACCCCAUCCAGCGGCACAUCCCCAUCAGCCUAUUACUAGGAAGUACCCCCGGUGGCUCUUGGUUUGGUUGAAUGUCAACGUAGAGAAAAGAGUACCUAAAUAAAUGGGGGCGCGCCUAACGGCUGCGAAGGAGACACCUCCCCCGUCACAACCCGGGAAGCGAACGCCAAGGAGUUCACCUGGAGUUAAUGCAAAGCUGAAAAGGAAGCGGUUUGCUUUCUUUUCGAUUUUUGUUUGAUUCGCUAAUGGGGUAUAGUAAUGGUACUUCAUGAAUUCUAAGCUCAUGAAGAAACGUUGAGUGUCAUGUCAAUUCCAACCGCAAAUGAAAUCUGGUGACGUCAAUUUAGAGUGCCCCAACGAAUUAAGCAUGCCCAACCUUUCUUUACGGGUACAAGUUUUAAGGUACAAGUAGUGUGUAGGGGAGGGGUGGAGCACCGGACACCCACACCACCCCCUCCACCCCCUUACACACACACAUAGUUUACUCCAUGAUCACCCUGCUCCUAGCAAAACGAGGUCAAGUCACGUGGUUGAAAAUAAUGUAAGCUCUGUGUAAAAAAGAAUGACUCAACUAAACGAUAGAACUGGCAAGUGGCAUUUUCUUGUUUGAUUGUAUUUUCCACGUUUUGAGCGAAUGCCAAACCCAUGCUGAUUAAAAUAGUAAAAUAAGUUGACCUGAUCAUAGACAAAAGUCAAUCCGUCUGGGAAAUCUGCACUUAAUCAUAUUAAUUCGGCAUAAGUUGUUAUAUAAUGACGUCAUUGUCUGAAGAAACACAAAGAAAAAGAAGAAAUUCGACACAGAAAGAUAAUGAUUUCGUGUGAAAAAAUCAUCAUAUUCAUCCUACGGGUUCCAAGGCUUUUAUACUUAAAAAUCCUAAGGACAGAUCAACUUUCAUUUUGGAAAAUUGUUUUCUGUAAAAAGAAUAGCUCUUAUAUAGCUCCCGUAGAAACGUACUUAUGAAGUCUUGCUCUCAUUUGAGAACAAUGACAGUAAAUAAUUCAAAGUCCUAAGUUGCUGCCAGCUCAAGAAUUUAAAACUUGAACUGCCUGAAACGCUGAAGACUUUUGAAGAUUUUAAAAUAACUAUCAAUUUUUUCGUAUCCCACUGAGAGUAAUUUUUUUGCUGACUUACUGUGGUUACACCAACCUAAGUCUUGACAGCCAAUCCCGACAAUCAAAAGGAAAGGUUGUGCCACUUAUAUGAUAAUUGCCCGUAUUCACUUUCAGUUUCCACUGAAUUCUCAAAUGAUUCGGCAUCCCUCCUCCAAUAGAUUCAGUCAUCUCUAAGUCCUCUAAUACUCGUGUGAGAAGAUGGAUGUGUUUGUAGAGAAGGGCAAAAAAGUUUUCGUUUAUUCACCUGUUAGCAAGCUUAAAAAGGAAAUGUGGGCGCAAGUAAAAGAUCAUAUUAGUUUCUGAUUGGCUUGUUCGUGUGCAUUUCACAAAAGAUUUAAAAUAUAUACGGUUUAUUUACAGGGAACCGAGGAGAUAAAUGCCUUUUCCGGAUACAGCUGGAAAUCUCGAGUUUCUUUUCAAAGAUUUUAAUCGAUUUUUUUUUUCUUAUUGAUAUGAGAUGAAUAGUUUCGCAGAGUUGUUUUUACACGGAAAUGCUUUGUGUAGGCUGUGCAAGAACUUUACGUAAAAUUAAUGUCACGUCCUGAUUUAAAAAGUACUCUGGCUGGUUUGAUUAUAAAAGACGUUCAGUCUGUUAAUGGAAAGAAAGAAUUUUCCGUGUAUAACUAAAAACAAAAAGCAGAAAAAACUUGUGUAGGAGGUCCCUUGAAUUCCUAUUAUUAUUAUAAAAUAAUAAUAAUAAUAACAAUCAUCAUCAUCAUCAUUAAUAAUAAUAAUGAUAAUAAUAAUUAUAAUAAUAAUAAGUAAGUCUUCUCUUCCCUAAAGAAUACAAUGAACCCUCGAUAUAACGAAGGGCGAUGGGACUGGCAAAAUUUGCCCACUAUGAUGAGGUUUUCUUAUAUCGAAGUUCUUUUUCAUAUAUUUUACUAUCACUGGGGUGAAGAAAAUCGCUGGUUAUGCGAAAACUUCGUUAUAUAGAGGUUCGUUAUAUCGAUGUUCCACCGUACCAUAGUGACCAGCUGAAAGUGCAGAUGACUGUCGCUUGUGUUAAGAAAUACCGUUUCCGUGUACGGGUGCCCAGGGUUAAUUGCCCUUACCCGUAGCCUUCAAACAACCCCUCCAUUUGAAGGAGCGAGAGCCACACGCGAAAGGAGAGGAGAGUGAGAAUGGCGGGAAAAGAAAGGGAGUCGAAAUUUCAUGAACGAUGUUUCUCAGUUAGCGAGUUUUUUUUUUUCACAUCUUCUAGACUUUUCUUAACAUAUUUUCCGUACGAUGAGGAGGCUAAAAAAAUAGCCAGAAUGAUCAUUUUCCUUCGCCCGCUUGUCUUGCGCGCGUUCUCUCGCGGCUCGCUUCGCUUGUCAUCAUUGGAAAACUCGCUCACAGGCUACUCCGUGGCCGUAACUACGAGCAGACGACUGCUUAUGUUUCCUUAAGAGUCUUACCUUAUCUUGGAAAUCAUGGUCGCCUUCUGUUAAACUCUGUGGCAAACAGUGCGUUCGUUGUACCCGUAGGAAAGGGUGUCCCCACGUCCCGGGCCCAACGUAUCCGUUCCUAUUUGAAAACGCAGAUUUUUUUCUCCGGUUUAUCCUACCGUCCACAUGUAUCCGGUGAAAAUGAUCAUCUUUUCAAUACUGCUCUCCAGAGUGAAGAUAUUUGAAUACACCGUUUUAGAGUACUCAUGAGGAUGGAUGACUAAAGAAAACGGAGGUUUUGAAAACAGCUACGUCACAGUGUUGGAUACCAGUGAAUGCACAUACUCCCAAGAAAGAUGGUACCAUUUUCAGUCACUUUUGCGUUUUCAUGUGUACAGGCAAAAAAAUAUAUCUAAAAAAGGAACGUGUAGACGCGGAUUUAUUUUUUUGAAAAAGAAAAAAAAAAUCUCAUUUUCAAAGGAAGGGCCUUAAGCCGGGCAUUUAAACUCGGUGUUGCGAGCGAGAUUUUUUCACUUUCGCGAGUCGCCCGUUGUAGCCUUCAAGAGAAAGGUACUUAGGCGUCGUUUCUCUAUUUUAAGAGUAUGUUCUUCAGUAAUUUCGUGUUUUUAUCCUUCCGUAAUAAUUAAUGAUCAGUUAGACGACAUGCCUUAAUUAAGAAGUGGUACGUUGGCUGUAUAUGAAUUGCGAUUCUCUCUUGUAUGAAUCUAAGUACCGUAUUUCCUCGAAUAAUAGCCAGGGGCGAUUAUUCUUUUUUUCGCACCAAAAGGGGGAGUUUAUUCGAGGGAGGCGAUUAUUUUAAAUUUGGUUCCUUGAUUGAUUUUCAAUGUCAAUAUCCUCGACGUCAGAGCUUGAAUCGUCACUGAUGAGUUUUGCUGUAGCCUGCGUGCAGGCUCCCCAUUUGGAGGAUAUCGUGAAAAGUAGACGCGCGAGAGAAAACGCGGCCCCUCACGCCUUUCCCGCUCGCUCACGCGUUCUCGCGCUGCUCGCUUCGCUCGCCCAAAUAGGAGAACUUGCUCGCAGGUUAGUUUUGCUGCAUCAGACUCCACUUCAGCUACGUUUGUCAUCCAAGUUGUCAACUUGUUGUUGACUUGACAGGGAGAGGAUAAGAAAAAAGAGAGAGAAGAUGGCGAGAGGGGCUGAGGGCGAUUAUUCGAGGGACGGCUAUUAUUAA